CAAGUGCUGUAUAGUACUGUUAUAUAUUUCUCGCUUCAAAUACCACACCCUUGAAUUGAGCGAAAGUAGACACAUUUAAGUGUUUUUUUAUUUUUUGAAAGUUAAUUUGUUAGCAUGCUGACCUUAGAUCGUAAAAAGAUUUUAGGAGAGGGAGGUUUUGCCAUUGUUUUCGAAGGUGCUUGGGAUGGAGUGAAAGUUGCAGUCAAACGAAUUCCUCUAGAAAAAGCCGUGAGUAUUGAACAAGAAGUCAAGGCCCUACAAAUGUUGGAUCAUCCCAACGUCAUCAAAUUAUUUCACAUGGAGGAGGACCAAGACUUCAGAAUUAUCAUCCUUGAAUUGUGUGAUGCCUCUUUGGAAAAAUUGUUUCUCAAAGAAAAUGACCCGAAAAAAUAUCGCGGCCCAAUGCCACCAGAACUAUACGUUCUUCUCCAGUUGGCUGAAGGACUCGAGUACAUCCAUCAAAUGGGAUUAGUCCAUCGCGACAUCAAGCCACAGAACGUGCUCAUCCGUUCGGAAUCUACAACCCGACGAGUGGUGAUGAAAUGGGCCGAUUUUGGUUUCAGUAAAAAAGUCAACGAAAGGGGCUCUUUCACAAUGAGCGGUGUUAGAGGAACAUACGAUUAUUUCGCACCGGAAAUAUUGAAAUUACUGGAUGAGGAUAGCUCUACUGAUAACGAAGAUAAGAAAAGAGGAACAGUCAAGAGCGAUGUAUUCGCAGAAGGCCUCGUCUUUGGCUAUUUCAUUUCGGUAGGGGUUCAUCCAUUUGGCACCACAAGUCAUCAAAUUCAAAACAAUUUACGAACAAAUGAUCCAGCCAAUCUUCCCAGUAAGUCGAGUGGAAGUCGAUUACAACAAUUUUACGGUAUAGAAACAACCAACAUUCAUAAUACAAUCACAAGAAUGUUAGAAAAAGACCCAAACAAUCGAAUUACUUCGUCUGAUGUCGUUAAUCGACUCACCGAAAUUAUCCUGAAGAAUUCACAGCAGAUGUUUACGUUACUUGCGGAAGGGAACCCAAGCGUGGAAGAAAUGGAAAAACUGAUACAAGAAGGUGUGGAUGUCAAUGCCAAAGAUGAAAAAGGAUUGACACCGCUUUUACGCUUAGCAAAAAGCAAAAAGAUAAGUGAUAAUUUGGUAAAAAUAUUUAGUCUCUUGAUCCAACACGGAGCCAACGUCCAUUCACUUGACAGCAACGGUAAAAAUGCUCUCCUGUUCUGGUGCAAAAAUCGUAAACAACAUCGAAACAAAAGUUUUUUGGCAAUUAUCAAUCUCUUCGUUGAAAAUAGGAUCGAUAUCGAUUGCAAAGACAAAGACGGAAGUAAUGCUCUCAUUGUAUUGUGCAGAUCUUAUAGAAACGGAAAUCUAAUUGACAUUAUUCGACUUUUGAUUAAAAAUGGGAUCGAUGUCAAUUGCAAAAACGAAUACGGAAAUAAUGCUCUCACUAUUUUGUGCAUAUUUUAUAAAAACGAUAAUCUAAUUGACAUAAUUCGAUUUUUGAUUAAAAAUGGGAUCGAUGUCAAUUGCAAAAACAUAUACAGAAAUAAUGCCCUCACUAUUUUGUGCCCAAUUUAUAAAAACGAAAAUUUAAUUGACGUUAUAAAAUUGUUAAUUAAAAGUGGAUUCAAAGUGACUGAAGAAACGCGUGACUAUUUCCAGAGAAAUUAUGAAGAAAAAAAUCGCGAUCAAAUUUUGCAAUUACUUCAUGUUUAAACAUCCAGAUUAACCAGCAAUCUAAAACGAAUGGCCGCCAGUUGAUUAGAGCAGAAGAAGGUACCGAUUACGUAGCAGAUUGGAUGGAGUACUUGAAAACAGAAGACAAAGAAGAUACGGAUUUUUUGCGUAAUAAACAACUAGAUGGAAUUUUUAAAAAAAUGGGUGACGAAAAUUUCAAAAUAAGUUUGCGAUGCUUUUGACAAAUUGGGUCAGCUGAUUCGACAAGUGAUUAAACAAUAAGAAAAGUAAGAAUUGUGUAAAGAAGAAAAAUAUUACGGACAGGAUUAAGGAGAGAUUUGAAGAAACUAUAAGGAGCAAAGUGGAGCCAAAGAGGAAAAACAGUUUCAGCGGGGAAAUUGAAAAAGCGGAAAGAAAUCUAAGCGGAAAGAAAUCUAAGCGGAAACGACUGGGACAACACCAGCAAAUCAAAGUUGGGUGUAUUUGGAUUUCGUUUUUUCGCCAUGAGCCUAAAGAAGAAUCGCUUGAAUAUGCCCCGGCAAAUGUUCGAAAAGGCCGAAAAGAGAUUGAAGAAAAUUAAAGAAGAAACGUUUAGCAUCAAACGUUCGAUGCCGGCCUCGCCUAUUUGGCCAACCAUCCAGACGCUCAACACAAACCUGGAACUGCUGAAUAUUUUCGCUUAAAUUUAGUUACGGUUAUGUCUCUUCGUGCGUUUAAUCCAAUUUUCAUAAUUCUAUACUUCAUUAAAAAUCAAAUAAAAUCAUUUUUGCUUUUCAAAUGAAUUUUAAUACGAUCUGCAUCGAUUUUUCUGGCAGGAAUAGUGGUGUAGAUAAGUAGAGCAGUAUUCAAGCAGUCAAGCUAAUACAACCUGUAAUCGAAAGGUGUUCUGCUGUUUAUCCUGUGGAGAAGUUAUGGCCUCUGCUGAUCGAACCAGUGCCCGCUGGUUUCGCCAGUACUAAAUUCUAGUAAUGGCAAAUGUUAAUAAUGAGCUGAUGUCGAGUCCCGUGUCAACCUGUACCCCGGUAUCAGCCAUCUAUUCAGACGCGGCCAACACAAAACCUGGAACUCUGGUCCAACGCAGACGAGAACAUUUUCGCUGAUUAAUUUCCUUCUCUUUUGUCUCACAAUACGAUUCCCUUUUUUAUAAUUCUAUAUGAAUAAUAUGAAAUCAAAGUUUUGCUCUCAUCGUGCCUAAGAGCUGAGAAGUCAAUUUGAAUAAAUCCCAAUUACACGUAAAUUGAUUUCUCACGAUAACACUGAUUCAUAAGGUUAGUUAUAGGAAACCGACAACGGCUGCCAUCUAUUGAAUUUACGAGCAAGUGUUGUUGUGGCGCCAAGUUCGUCUAGGCUAGAAAAUGUUCUGGUUGCACUUUGCUUCAAGUGUGGAAGGUUCAAAUAUUUUUGAAUUUGAUUGUUAACCCACAGACAAAGUUGUGAGUACAAAAAUCGAAAUUUGUAGUCGUUCUACCAAUGAGUAAUUUAAUAAAUCCUAACCCUGACUGAGAUAACAAAAAACGACGAAAGAGAAAACAGUUCGGGUCUCAUAGCUCAGGAAAUCAAAGCAACCCAACAGUCAGAACGGAAGAAUAAAUGUUUCAUUUUUUCCUACCUUUAAGCCUGGGAAAUAGAGCCAGGAAUCCAUCCACAAGUGCUUCAUCCAUUCGCUGAAGAGUUGAAUCCACCAGGA